UGCAGCAUUCGAAGAAAAGUGCUAAGAAAAGUGCUAAGAAAAGCGCAAUGGGUGGUGUUGAAACGGGAGUGCACUCAAACUUUCACGUUGGAAGCUACAAGCCAGUAUUUGGACUGGACAGACUAAUUCCGAUCAUUAAUCAACUGCAAAAUGUUUUCAACACGACCGGCACCUGUCCCAUUCAACUACCGCAAAUUAUCGUCGUUGGGGAACAGAGCAGCGGCAAAAGCUCUGUGCUGGAAAAUAUUUGUGGAUUUUCAUGUUUUCCGCGCGGAACGAAGACUUGCACUAGAUGUCCAAUAGUGCUGCAAAUGAUUAAGAAAAAUCGAGACGACGAACAGUAUCGAUCCUUAUCAGCCAAGUUAAAGGCAACGGAAUGGGUUGAAUUCCCACAGUUGACGGAUGAAAAGAUUGUAACAGACUUCAAUCGAGUGAGCCAUAUCAUCAACAAUGAAGUAAAUAGACGUGCAGCAGGUGAAAAUGUCAUUGUCAAAGAGCAAUUGAUACUUCGCAUAAUCUCGCCGAAUGUCAUCAAUUUGACGCUUGUCGACCUUCCAGGACUUGUUUCUGCUCCUGCUGAAGGUCAACCCGAAGAUAUUGAGCAGCAGAUCAUUGAUGUGGUUGAGCGUUACGCUAAGAAUCCCAAUAGUGUAAUUCUUGCCGUAUGUGCUGCCAGCAACGAAAUACAAAAUCCAAAAACCAUCAAAUUCGUGAAGACGAUCGACCCGAAGGGUGAAAGAACGAUUUGCGUUUUAACAAAGCUCGAUCUGAUGGACUAUGGAACAGAUGCUACAGAUGUCCUAACCGGCCAAAUAAUUAAAGUGAAACUUGGAAUCGUUGGAGUCGUAAAUCGAUCGUACGAUGAUACCGUAAGAGGUGUAUCGAUCGCAGAUAGCAUGGAAAAUGAAGCCAAAUUUCUAAUCGACAAUUAUCCAACCAUUGCAUCGCACAACGGCAUUCCGAACUUGAAAGUUCGAUUACAGCGGCUGUUGUUGGAGCACAUUAUGAAAACGCUUCCGAUGUUGCAGACUCGGUUAACCAACAUGCAAAUGUAAACAUCGAGAAUAAGUCUGCUGUUAUGGUGGACAUUAUCGAAGAAUUUUGCAAUGGCUUUAAGUCAUCAAUAGUGGGGAAGAAUCGUUACAUCCAGAAGAAAGUACUGGUCGGAAGCGCCCAAAUUAAUGUGGCUCUUGACGAAGAUCUGGCGCGAAGUUUGAAGAAAAUCGUACCCCAAGACGACCUUGACGACGUAGAAAUCCUUACUGUGAUCUGUAAUUCUCGUGGCAUCGAAGGUUCAGUGUUGAUAACGGAGGCUGCCUAUCAAGAUUUAGUACGCCAUCAAAUUAAACGUCUUGAAGAACCAGCACUGAAAUGUGCGAGUACCGUGAACUGCGAAAUCAUAAACAUCAUGAAGAUCUGGAAUACCUUCCUGGAGAAGAAAAUGCAACGCUUGCCGUAUUUGUCAGCGGCAAUUACCGACGAAGUCACCGAACUAUUAACCGAACGACAUCUGGUUGUCCAUGAUCUGCUGAAAAAUUACGUUGCCAUUCAGGCCAGUUUCAUUAAGACGAUCCAAAUUGAUUUCAACACCGAAAUGCAGGAUUUGAUCAAGAAAAAUACUUUGUCGAAGUACGAAUUGCUCACGACGACAUCGGAAAAAGAGGAGGAACCUAUGCAGUCCAUUCUGGGAGACAAGCCGACCGAUAUACAGCAGAUGCAGUGUAAGAUUGUGCGGCAAUUGGUUCAAAAGUAUUUUGAUAUUGUCAAGUUGGCCUUCCUAGAAUAUUGUCCGAAAGCGAUCGCCCACACUGUUGUCUACUUUAUGGAGCGUAACAUCCAACGACGACUGAUGGAGAAACUUCACAAGUCCGAAAAAAUCGAUCAGUUAGUUCGAGAAUGUGAGACAAUCGAAGAACAACGGAAACUGACCACUGACAAAAUACGGGCUAUGGAUAGCGCUCUGGAAGUUAUUCGCGAAAUCAAAAACUCCAGAAUUUAAGACGACCAAAAGAGUUGUGUACGUUGACCACGGCGUAUUCGAAAGACUCUACAAUUUACUCAUAAGCUGAUCUUAUCAAAAUAACUUCCUAAAAUACUAAGCGUUCAAUACGGUUCCACUUUGAGCAACCAUUUAAAUGUGGAACGCUGACCCUUUUGUUUACAAUAAUUUUCUUAGAAACAUUUCCACUUCUUUUUGUUCAAGUAGAAUUUUGAGCGAUUGUGGUGAGUCACAUAACGAAAUUCGAUUAGACUCAGUAAAUAAUUGUUCGAAAUCUCCUAUAUCUGAAUAAAGAC